AGAUGCUUCUGCCCAUUUCAAUUCUCUUUUCAAUCAUCCCUAUAGCAUCUUCAACAUUCGGAGGAUGUUGUUCAAUGGGACCACCACCAUGUCCUCCACCUCCACCACCAAUGUGUGCACCUCCACCUCUUCCGUGCCCUCCACCUCCAAUCUGCCCACCUCAAUUCUGUCCUCCACCACCGAUGUGUCCUCCACCACCACCUCCACCACCACCGCCGAUGUGCCCACCGCCACCACCACCGAUGCCAUCAUAUUCCCCAUGUCAAUCAUAUGCUCCAGCUCCGGUAUUCAAUCAAUAUGCCAUGCAACCAGCCAACGAUUGUUGCUGCAGAUGUGGAAGCCCAUGUAGAUUCAUGGCUAGACAUAGAACUCAUGGAUCAAAGCUGUUCACCACUGAGGAUCCAGAGGAAGAUCCAACCUGCAACAGCAAGAAACUCAGAAGAGUUAUGGAGAGGAACAUGAACGGUGACCCAUCGAUCUCAAAGCGUGCCAUCCAAAAGGCUGUCGAGGAGAAGAUGUUCGGAAAAUUCAAUGUUAUCUGCGCAAGAGGAGACUUCUCCUACGUAGCAUACACCGAGACCUACUGCCAAGUGGCUAACGACGACGUCACUUGCUACGCUUUCAGACCGAUGUAAUUCUUUGUCGGUUAUUCUUAUUUGUCUUCGUUUCCUUUAUUUGUGUAGUAAUUAUUAUAUACUUCGAGAAUGCAUUCCGGUUUGUGUUGUAUAUAUGACCUUCACUUCUCUCUUUGUCUAUCACUUCCCUCGUCCCCCGGUUUUUUUCAUUUCUAAUUUGCUACAAAAUAAACCGACGAUCUCGUGC